CUUAUCCUAUUUUUGCCCACACACCUCUUCUUACACGGACGUAUUCUCCCUCCCUUUUCCCCCUCUCUAUUUUUGCCCACACACCUCUCCUACACAGCACACAGGUUGCUGUCCUACUCCUCCUAGCUUGCACCGCUAAACGAUGGCAGGAGUAAUAAAUUUGGCAUCGUCUCUAAUUUUUCGGCCACUUUCAAGUCGGAUAGCGGCAAAGAAGAGUAGAGUGUUCUUUAUUACAUCAUCAGCGGAAUCUUCCAAAACGCCUCUCACUUCAACCUCUGACUCUGUAAGCACCAAAGAACAACCAAAAUCAGGGUUUUCUACUUCGUCUACCACCUUCUUCCCGCCGCCCAAUUUCGAGCCUCCACAGCCCAAGCGCUUUGCGGUGAGACCCGACAAGGUUUUUGACAUCUUGGGGGCUUCUCUUGCCAUCAUAUUUCGUUUCGGAACAGGUGUUUUUGUCUCUGGGUAUUCAGCAUCGUUUGUGCCCAAGAAUGAGGUUCCACCUGACCAGUAUGCACUUGAAAUUACUGGUUUCAAAUUAAAAGAGACUUCAAAAUUAGGUCCUCUCCCAGAGAAGCCUAUAGAGAUUUAUGAGUUUGAAAGCUGCCCAUUUUGUCGGAAGGUUAGGGAAAUUGUUGCUGUGUUGGAUCUUGACGUCCUUUAUUAUCCAUGCCCAAGAAAUGGUCCAAAUUUCCGUCCAAAGGUUGCACAGAUGGGAGGAAAACAACAGUUUCCCUACAUGGUGGAUCCAAACACAGGAGUUGCAAUGUAUGAAUCUGAUGGCAUAAUUAAGUAUUUGGUUGGGAAAUAUGGUGAUGGAAAUGUUCCUUUUAUGUUGUCACUUGGUCUUCUAACGACUUUGACUGAAGGUUUUGCUAUGAUUGGUCGCAUGGGAAAGGGGUCUUCCUACAUUGCAUCAAAAUUGCCACCUAAACCUCUUGAAAUAUGGGCAUAUGAGGCUUCCCCAUUUUGCAAAGUUGUGCGUGAAGUACUUGUAGAAUUAGAGCUACCACACUUGCUUCAUAGUUGUGCUCGCGGCAGCCCAAAACGACAGAUAUUGUAUCAGAAAGCUGGACUUUUUCAGGUGCCUUAUUUGGAAGAUCCAAAUACCGGGGUUCAAUUGUUUGAGAGCGCAGAAAUAGUUGAUUAUUUAAGAGCAACUUACAUUCUUUAGGUGAGGCUGCUCAAAACUAGAUGAUUGUUGAAGCAUAUAGUCAUUCCAGUGCAAUGACUUCUAUUAGUUCAAAUAUAACUUUCAUUAUAUCCUUCAUGUACUAAUGAUUAUUGGUGUAAUGUGUUAUUUGUCAGAAAAAAUAAAAUUUCUUUCAUUGGUUUGUUUUCCAUCAA